AGUCAGCACGUGCUCAGCCUGGCCCCUCCCGAGAGACUCACUGACAACGUACUUGGCCUUUCACUUUGCGGUAGCUAUCGUGUCAAAAGAGGGCCUGCAAAAGAUACUGGAAAUUUGAUUAAGGUUCUAGAAGGUACAGACGGCGAUCCCGACAAGAGAGUGCGUCUCGUUCAUAGAUUGCGAGAAUUAUUUUUAGAGGUUGUACAACAAGACUUGAUGUGUGAUAUAUCACCUUGCUUCUGGAGAAACUUUGAUGUCUCUUCUCAGGACACUUGUUCCAGUGAAGUUCUUGUGUCGGCAGUGAAAGAAUUACAUGAUAGACUACUGCUCUACCAACCAUCUCUAGAUUUGCUACAUUCUCUGAGUAUAUCACUAAACCUUAUUGUCAGAGAUUUAAAACAGCAGUUCCAGUCCCUGAUCAGGGUUGUGUUAUUUACCAAUGCUCCAGAAAACUUUAAUAGUUUGGUUGAAGACUAUUACUGCCAAGCUUUCAGAGCAUAUAGCACAGUUCACAGUCAGAAGAAUAAAGAUUCUUCUAUGAAUGAUGGUAGUGACGAUGAGGAUGAAGUAUCUCUUGUUUGUCCAGGGUGUGCGAAAGAAUCUGAGGAUUGUGGCUGCAAACAAAUACUGGUGCAGUUCACACAGCUCAAUUCCUGGUUAAACUCUAUAGGACUCCUGCAGAAAGUGGCGGGAGCAGCCCAUGUCGCUGUUAUUCAUAAAAUGAUAAAAGAGAGAAUCGAACAAAAGUGUAAAGGUGAAUUUGAGAGUUCAUUCCUUCAGCCUUUGGAGAACUGGAUGGACACAGAACUUUAUCAUUGGCUGUUUGCAAUUUUAGGUGAUGGCUGUGCUGGCUCUCAACAUGUGGAAGAAUGGAAGCCAAGGCUCAAGUACUUUAUGUACAAAACAUAUGCAGACCUAAGGAUCGGAGAGCUGUUCAGUAUCAUUGUUGAAUUUCCCGACUCAACUCCAGCAAUACAAGACCUUAAGGAGUGUUUGGAGAUGACCAAUCAACGAGGACAACUUGUCAAUUCUCUUCGAGAAGCGUUUGAGACAAGGCUGCUCCACCCCGGCGCAAAUACGUCUUUGAUAUUGUCCCAAUACGUGUCCGCCAUCAGGAGCCUACAUGUGCUGGACCCCACUGGUGUGAUACUAGAGAAUGUAUGCGAACCCGUCAGGCAGUACUUAAGAACCCGUGAAGACACAGUACGGUGCAUCGUAUCCAGCUUAACUGACGAGAAUACUACAGAACUUGCCGAGGAAUUAAUGCACGGGGAGCCACACCCCAUCGAUGGUACUGGGACGAGUGACAGUGAGGAUGAUGAGGAGGACUGGGUUCCAGACCCUGUCGACGCCCCACCAGCUCGCUCAUCACGCAGUGGCAAGGCCCCAGAUAUUAUCAGUAUGCUGGUGAAUAUCUACGGCAGUAAGGACCUGUUUGUCUCUGAGUACCGCACUCUUCUUGCGGACAGAAUACUUUCCACCUUCAAUUACGACACCGAUCGAGAGUUGCGGUACCUCGAGCUGUUGAAGCUGCGGUUCGGAGAAUCCCACUUGCACUUCUGCGAAAUCAUGUUGAAAGAUGUGGCCGACUCUCGACGAAUCAACAGCAACAUCCACUCAUGCCGAGGGAGAGCUGGUAAAAAGCCACUCCCCGUUGACAUUAACGCUAUGAUUCUGUCCGCCGUUUUCUGGCCGCUUUUUCGAGAGGAGAAGCUAAAAGUCCCGGAUGCAGUCGAGACCUCUAUGGCGGAAUAUCGAGGGGGAUUCGAGGCUUUAAAGGCGAUGCGUACACUGGAGUGGAAAACCCAUCUUGGGUUAGUAGAGGUCGAGCUGGAACUGGAAGAUAGGACGCUCUCACUCUCCGUGUCUCCUGUUCAUGCUACUGCGAUCUGGCACUUCCAAGAAAAAGAACGAUGGCAGCUGGAUGAGCUGAGCUCCGUUAUGCACGUCACUCCUGGAACGCUCAGGCGCCGCUUGGCAUUCUGGGUAAGCCAGGGCGUUCUACGCGAGGAGUCACCGGAUACAUACAUCGUGAUGGAGAGACAAAAGGGGAUACAUAAAGCACACAGCGCCGAGGUAAUGGUGGAGGCCGAGCCAGAGUCUGCUACCGCGUCAGUUCAACAAAAACGCGAAGAGGAACUUCAGGUGUUUUGGUCGUAUAUCGUGGGAAUGCUGACGAACCUGGAGAGUCUCCCCUUGGAGAGAAUCCAUUCCAUGCUCCGGAUUUUCGCCAUGCAGGGGCCCGAGUCUGCGCAAUGCAGCGUGGGAGAUCUCAAACGAUUCCUGGACUGCAAAGUCAAGGAGCAGGAAUUACAAUUUGCCAACGGCUUCUACAGAUUGCCGAAGACAGGACGAUAGAGGUCAAUGUACUAGCUGAAACGUAAGGGUAUGUCAGGAAACCGUAAAUGCAUUUUGCCAACGGCUUCUACAGAUUGCCGAAGACAGGGCGAUAGAAGUCAAUGUACUAGCUAAAACGUAAGGUUAUGUCAGGAAACCGAAAAUGCAAUUUGCCAAAGGCACAGACAUCCAUUGUCGUUGUGGCUUUGUCAUGUCAAACAUAGGUAUAACAGGCCUCUAUGGAAUGUCAAAGACGAUUGCAAGAAAGUCAUACUCACAGACACUUCGGCGAACUCUCGCUAGUAAUAGGGACCGACGACGACGGCUAGGAGACAACUUGAUCGAAAAAAAGAUAUUUUCGCGCGUGGCGAUCAAUAAUAAUUCAAUUGCAAUGGAAUAAGCAAAAUAUUGUAGUCAGAGACAGAUAAAGAUCAACUAAGGACAUCAUUUCUACAGCAGCGAACGUACGUAGUGGGGUUUAAGCCCCGGUGCAAACUGCGCCAGCAAUGCUGGCAGCAAUUCUUGCUCGACUGACCACAAAACAAAGGAAAUGUCAAAAAGUCCAUAUCCCAUUUUGAUAUCUCCUUUGUCCUAUAGCCAAGCGAAAAUUCGCGAGCAAUGCUGGCAGCAAUUCUUGCUCAACUGACCACAAAACAAAGGAAAUGUCAGAAAGUCCAUAUCCCAUUUUGAUAUCUCCUUUGUCCUAUAGCCAAGCGAAAAUUCGCGAGCAAUGCUGGCAGCAAUUCUUGCUCAACUGACCACAAAACAAAGGAAAUGUCAAAAAGUCCAUUUCCCAUUUUGAUAUCUCCUUUGUCCUAUAGCCAAGCGAAAAUUCGCGAGCAAUGCUGGCAGCAAUUCUUGCUCGACUGAACACAAAACAAAGGAAAUGUCAGAAAGUCCAUAUCUCAUUUUGAUAUCUCCCAGCAAUGCUGGCAGGUGCUGGCAAAGUUUACACGGGGCUUUACAGUGCAAACGUCCGCGUCCUCGGCCGACCACGAACCACGUAGCUUGCUGGCCGCUUGUGGAUCUCAUUGGUAUAGGAAAAUGGGAUAUAACUAUAACUUUUUUUGGAAAAAGAAGGUAUAAGCUUUAUUUUUAGCUUUUCAACUUCUGUUGACAUUUUUCUAGAAGACAAGCUAAGCUUAUAUGAUGCUAUUAAAAAUAAAGCUUAAUAUAAUUAUACUAAUCAGCUUAUACAUAUAUACUUAUACUUCCAAACACUUGAAGCAUUAGGAGAUGCAAUAUUAUAUCUAACAGCUUGGUUGUUCAUCCUUUAUCCCAUAAAAAUUGAUAGGAAAAUCAUGUGUUAACUUAAUUGUCCGCUAACAAACGUCUCUUAACUUCUCUCUUUUUAUUGUGUUAUGUGAUCCCAAAGUAGAAUACAGUUUUCAUAGGAAACUAAAGAUUUUUUGUAGGAAGCUUUUAACUUGAUAGCUAUAAUUGUAGAUGGAAAGUGAGAAUAAAAGGAAGGAAAGGAAAGGGAGAAUGCUUUAACAGAAAUAAGUGUAGCGAUGGGUCCCGUCACCUAGAGGUGGCGAUUUACCCACCGCUACACUAGAAAUGUACUGAGAGUCAAAAUAUGCAUAAAAUGUUCUUUUAACGACGA